UGUAUUGAACCUUCACGAGUUAUUCCCACCAUAAUACGUCUCUCUUCUCAUCACUCUCUCUACGUUUCCUGUACUUUGUAGGAACACAAUCUUCUCUCUCUAGAAUCACUAUACACACUCAAUUCAAAACGCGCACAACGAUGACGGUGGUGAUGUCCAUGGAGGAAAUCCAAGAAACAGCCUCUAGCCGCGGAAUUGAUUUCUCGCAAAUCAAUUUGGAUUCCAUACACCUCCCUCUAAGAGAAGACUUCGGCAUCAGAAGUGAUGAUGAAGAUCUUAACGAAAGGGAUUCAUUGGAAUUUGAUUCUGGGUUCGGUAACAUAAUUGUUGUGGAUAAUUUACCUAUUGAACCUAAAGAGAAAUUCGAAAAGCUUGAAGGAGUUAUUCGCAAGAUUUACAGCCGAUAUGGUGUGAUUAAAGAUCAUGGCCUUUGGAUGCCUGUUGAUCCCAAUACCGAGAAAACCCUAGGAUUCUGCUUUCUUGAGUUUAACACUCCUCAGGAAGCUGAGGUAGCUAGGGAGAAAACACAUCUUCGCAGAUUAGAUAAAAAGCAUAUACUUGUUGCUAACACGUUUGACGAUAUUGAGAAGUUCAUAAAAGUUCCAGAUGAGUGGGGCUUUCCUGAAACAGCGCCAUAUACUCCUAGGGAAAAUCUGCAACACUGGCUUACUGAUGCAAAAGCUAGAGACCAGUUUGUUAUUUGUUCUGGCUCAGACACGGAGGUUUUUUGGAAUGACACAAGGCAUUUGAAGGCUGAACCUGUUGACAAACAUUUUUUUCGGACUGAAAGUUUUGUGCAGUGGUCACCUCUAGGGACUUACUUAGCCACAGUUCAUAGGCAGGGUGUUGCCGUUUGGGGUGGUGCCAUUUCCUUCAACUGCCUUAUGCGAUAUGCACACCCCCAGGUAAAAUUAAUUGAUUUCUCACCUGGUGAGAGAUUUUUGGUGACUUACAGUAGCCAUAAACCAAGCAAUCCCCGUGAAUCUCAUAGCGAUGUGCUAAAUAUUUUUGACGUGAGGACUGGAAAAGUCAUGGGAGAGUUCAACGGAAAUGCAGACAAGUUUGCAAUUGGAGGAUUUGGAGCUAUUACUGGUGUGUCUUGGCCUGUUUUCAGAUGGGGUGGUGAAAAAGACAAGUAUUUUGCCGAAAUUGGGAAAAAUGAUAUUUCAGUCUAUGAUACGGAAACUUUUUCCAAGAAAUCCGUUAAGAUUGAGAAUGUGAUGGAUCUGAGUUGGUCUCCCACCGAUCCCAUUGUUGCACUAUUUGUUCCUGAAGUUGGUGGUGGGAAUCAGCCUGCUAGGGUGAGUCUUAUUCAAAUCCCAAGCAAGGAGGAGUUGAGGCAGAAGAAUCUCUUCAGUGUCAGUGAUUGCAAAAUGCAUUGGCAAAGCAAUGGGGACUACCUUGCUGUUAAGGUUGACCGAUACACAAAGACUAAAAAGAGCACGUACACUGGCUUUGAGCUCUUCAGAAUCAAAGAACGGGACAUACCCAUUGAAGUCUUGGAGCUUGAUAAUAAAACUGACAAGAUUAUUGCAUUUGCUUGGGAACCAAAGGGCCACAGAUUUGCAGUUAUCCAUGGCAAUAGCCCAAGGCCCGACAUAAGCUUCUAUUCGAUGCAAAGCACUCAUAACACAGGCAGAGUUUUAAAGCUCACAACUCUCGAAGGGAAACAGGCAGAUGCUCUCUACUGGUCACCAGCUGGCCGCUUCAUUAUACUGGCAGGGUUGAAGGGUUUUAAUGGACAGUUGGAGUUUUACAAUGUUGACGAGCUUGAGACCAUGGCAACAACUGAGCAUUUCAUGGCAACAGAAAUUGAAUGGGAUCCAACUGGAAGGUAUGUUGCCACUUCAGUUACAUCGGUUCAUGAGAUGGAAAAUGGGUUCAAUAUAUGGUCUUUCAAUGGCAAGCUACUGUAUCGGAUGUUCAGGGAUCAUUUCUUUCAGUUUUCAUGGCGGCCGAGGCCACCAUCCUUCUUAAGCCCUGAGAAAGAGGAAGAGAUUGCAAAGAACCUGAAGAAGUAUAGUAAGAAGUAUGAGGCAGAUGAUGAAGAUGUAUCAAUGCAAUUGAGUGAGCAGGAUCGCGAGAAGCGGAAGAUGUUGAAAGAUGAAUGGGAUAGGUGGGUCAACGAGUGGAAACAACUGCAUGAUGAAGAGAGAUUGGAGAGGCAGAGGCUGAGGGACGAGGAAACCAGUGAUGAAAAAGAGGUUUAUGAGACUAAAGAAAUUGAAGUUGAGGAGUUGUUGGAUGUUUCAGAGGAGGAGGUUCUAUCCUUGGACUUUGGGGAGGGGUGACUGUUGUUUAGUGAAAUAUUAUUGAGAUGUGAUUCAAAAGAUUUUUUUUUUUUGUUUUUUGGUUUGAACGUUGAAGCAAACACACACCUACUCUAUAUUAUUGCCCCCACCCCACCUCGCUCAAACACAACAUUCCUGUUUAUACCAUCAUUUAGGCUAGAGCUUAUACCAUGGUCUGCAUCUUGAGUACAGUUUUCCCUCGUCUUCUUGCCAAUCAAAUUUUAACUCAAACCCAUCUCUGAUUCUUUUUUUCGAAAUUGGACCAUCUCUGAUUCUUCUUUACAGCAAGAACUGUGUUUGACAGAAUGUGCACAUUAUUGAAGGUUCUUGGUCAUCUGCACAAGGAUGAAGGUCUCGGAUUCACUCGUUCCUAGAGAGGGAAAGAUUACUUUUUCAAAGACCUCAAAUUGAAGUCAUUCUCUUUUUAAAAGUUUUUUAUUUUUUGUUUUAUUUAAUUUACUAUCUGGCAGUUAGUUAUUCAGUUAAGCACCAAUUAUUAUUAUUAUUUUUUUAUCUAAACACAUUUUGUAUGGUCCUUAAAAUGACCCUAACCCUAGCUCACAAACAACUUCUUCCUCUUCUUGUUGUCAAAA